AUGGACUCGCGCAGGAACCCGAGCAGCUUCCAGCAGCUGGAGAAGCUCGGCGAAGGCACCUAUGCCACGGUCUUCAAGGGCCGCAACCGCCAGACGGGCGAGCUCGUCGCCCUCAAGGAAAUCCACCUCGACUCGGAGGAGGGCACCCCCUCGACCGCCAUCCGCGAAAUCUCCCUUAUGAAGGAGCUGCGCCACGAGAACAUUGUCCUGCUGCACGACGUCAUCCACACCGAGAACAAGCUCAUGCUCGUCUUCGAGUUCAUGGACAAGGACCUCAAGCGCUACAUGGACUCGCGCGGCGACCGCGGCGCCCUCGACCCCCCCACCAUCAAGUCCUUCAUGUACCAGCUGAUGCGCGGCAUCGCCUUCUGCCACGACAACCGCGUCCUGCACCGCGACCUCAAGCCCCAGAACCUGCUCAUCAACAACCGUGGCCAGUUGAAGCUGGCCGACUUUGGUCUCGCUCGCGCCUUUGGCAUCCCUGUCAACACCUUCUCCAACGAGGUCGUCACCCUGUGGUACCGUGCCCCCGACGUCUUACUCGGCAGCCGCACCUACAACACCAGCAUCGACAUCUGGUCUGCAGGCUGCAUCAUGGCCGAGAUGUACACCGGCCGCCCGCUCUUCCCCGGCACCACCAACGAGGACCAGCUGCAGAAGAUCUUCCGCCUCAUGGGCACCCCUUCGGAGCGCUCGUGGCCCGGCAUCUCUCAGUUCCCCGAAUACAAGGGCAACUUCCCCGUCUACGCAACCCAGGACCUGCGACUGAUCCUGCCUCAGGUCGAUCAGGUCGGCCUCAACCUGCUCAACACCAUGCUCCAGCUGCGGCCCGAGAUGCGCGUGUCCGCAACCGCUUCCUUACAGCACCCAUGGUUCAAUGAUCUGCCCCAACGGCAGCAGGAGCACGCCCAGGCCAUGGCAGCCGCCCAGCAGGCACAGAUGGGCGCUUAUCAGGCACCUCAGUACUAG